GCGAGAGCGGCGGCGGAGCUCGCUGGGCCCGGCUCGGAGGCGGCGGCGAGUGGGUGUCCGCUGCGGAGAUGGCUAACAUCGCGGUGCAGAGGAUCAAGCGGGAGUUCAAGGAGGUGCUGAAGAGCGAGGAGGCUUACUCACCUUCAGGGGGAUGCUUUUAAAGCCUCACUCGUUUCAGUCAUGUUACCUGUUUCCUGAACAGUAUGUCCUGAGGAGUUUGGCUUUGAUAGGAAAGAAGUGUACGAGUCCUAAGACGAGCAAAAAUCAAAUUAAAGUAGAUCUUGUAGAUGAGAAUUUUACAGAAUUAAGAGGAGAAAUAGCAGGACCUCCGGACACACCAUAUGAAGGUGGGAGGUAUCAACUAGAAAUAAAAAUUCCAGAAACAUAUCCGUUUAAUCCUCCUAAGGUGCGGUUUAUCACCAAAAUAUGGCAUCCUAAUAUUAGCUCAGUCACUGGGGCCAUUUGUUUGGAUAUUCUGAAAGAUCAAUGGGCAGCAGCAAUGACUCUAAGGACGGUGUUGUUAUCACUGCAAGCGUUGUUGGCAGCUGCAGAACCAGAUGAUCCACAGGAUGCAGUAGUGGCAAACCAGUACAAACAAAAUCCAGAAAUGUUUAAACAGACAGCUCGACUUUGGGCACAUGUGUAUGCUGGAGCACCAGUUUCUAGUCCAGAAUACACCAAAAAAAUAGAAAACCUUUGUGCUAUGGGCUUUGAUAGGAAUGCAGUAAUAGUGGCCUUGUCUUCAAAAUCAUGGGAUGUAGAGACUGCAACAGAAUUACUCCUGAGUAACUGAGCCAUGUAGAGAGAGCUGCUUCAGUAGUCCAGCUUGCCCCUUCUGGAGGAGCAUCACCAUCUGUUAUUUUUAGGAUUCUAUAUAGAUUCUCUUUUAAAACUGGCACUCUUGCCUGAUGAUGCUGUCUAGGCACUAUUGGAGACUGAAAAAAAACGCUCUGUAAAUAAAGCUAAUUAAACAUCUGUGUAAAUUUAAAAAGGGGAAAUACUUUAAUUUUUUUUCUUACUAAAUAUUGUAAAAAUUCUUUGAGCUCAGCUAAGAUAAUGGGGGAAAAACAUGCCUACUUUAGUGUUUAGCAGUGUGACGAAGACUAGCAGGAACUUGCUUCAGGAUUUUGAUUUAGUAAUUCAGAAAGCAACAUUUUUGAGUGUUAAUCAUCAGAAUUGUUGGUGCCACUCAUCACAGCUAUCUUACUGUUUUUAACAUGGAUCCUAUGUGCCUGUGGAUUGACCUAUAUUUGCAUGCUUGUACUUAAUAGACAUAUUAGGUAGGGUCGCUGAAGAGAGCACCAUUGAAAUACUCGAUUGUUCUUGUAACUUUUUUCCUGAAAGAUUUUCAAGACUUACCCAAAGUUCCAAAUGGUGACCUAUUCAGAACCGGUUUCUUUCUAGCUUAUUAAUUGGGAAACCUGAUUAUCCUCUCCCUUACAUCAUACAGCUGAAUAUCCUCACUAAAUUAUGUUCCGUCAUCUGUGGGUAUUAUGUGUGCCAUUUACAGUAGUCUAGGCUCCCCUUUUAAAAAAUAUAUUUUGAAUUAUCAGUAAUGAUUUUCAUCUAUCAUGUUUUCUACACAACACAAUCUUAUAAAGAGUAUGCCUCGAUAUAGCACAAAAAGAUGGAGCUGGUUUUCUUUCCUUUUUUUUUGUCUUAAAUAGAUGUAAAAUGUUCUUCAGUACAUUCUGGAUAAUAUGAUUUCACUGGGUUUGAAGGAGGAAAAAGCUGAUACUCUAGUGUACUGAGAAUUAAAAAUUUUUUUUCUUCGAGUACUUGAUAUGAUGCAAUCAGCUGUUUUUUGCAGCGGUUUUCUAGCUUUAUUUUGGGCUUCGAUUUAAGGAUUGUUUACCAGGUACUUUAAAAUUCAUCCUUGCUUGCAUUUUUCUCUAGUUGACACAUGGAGGCUGUGUUGGUGUUUUCACUGUACAUACUUCAAAUGCACAUAGAAGUAGAAGUGUGUUCUCAAUUUAGCUUUCUUUUGGAUUGAUGUUUCUGAUAAACAAGAACUGAAAUCUUAUCUUGGCUUGUACAUACAGUCAGUCGUCUUAUUCGUAUUAAAAUGACAUUUCCUCCUGA